GCAAACUACAAUUCGAUAACGAUCACUCGGGUAUGCUACCUUCCAAAUGGCUCGUAGUAUCUCUUCUCGUCAUUCAAGAUCCCUGCUACGUUUAGCUUUCGGUUUAGCAAUCAUCACCUUCGCAUUCAUCUUUCGAUUCGAUCAAUGGCUUCCUACAAAUCUGAUAAGCGAACCAUCUGACCUAUCCAAGCAACUUCACUCCUCUAGUUCUUCGGAUUUAAAUGGAGCUCAUCUGGCUUCUAAAAUCAAGGGUGUCUUGACUUCACCUUAUCAUUUUGGCUCACAAUUCGCUCUACCAGUCAGUUGGACAGGACUUCUCAAGGAAAUCCGCUUGGCAUCCUCUCUGGGUUCAUCGAAGUGGACAUAUACUCGAUCGUCUAUUGAAAUACAAGAGCCACCAAGCAUCAAACUCCUCAAGUCGAACUCUUUACCUUCGAUAGAAGCCCUACCGAAAAACCAUCUACUGGAGAAGGUCUACACCAAAUCUAUAAAUGAUAUCAAUGAUGCUGUACGACGUAUACUCACAAGCGAUCCAAUAAUUUCUUCACCUGAAUUCAAAAAUCGAACAUCCGGAAUUCCUGGUACAGCCAUCACAGCUAAUGCAGACCGUCAAUCCCUUCAAAGAUGGCUCGAUUGUACAUCCAGUCAAGGAGAGUGGAGAUGGGAACCCUUAGCCAAUGCCAAUCGUAGGCCGUUCACAGUUCAUAAACAAGGACCGCUUGAAGCAAAAUGUGAUCGAUCAUACUAUCAAGCCAGUGGUCGUGAUAGGGACCGUCUGAUCACUGAUGGUUGGAGUGUUAGACCCUCCUUGAAAUUUCGAUGGUAUCCUUCGAAUCAAUGCAACGCACUCCGACCACGUCAAUUGAAGCAAGACGUGAAACUCUCAAGGCGUGAUUUAUGUCGUCUUUUACGACACAAGAACAUAUUGGUCGUAGGUGAUAUUGCUCAGUAUGCGAUGCAUGAUUUGCUUCUAGAUUGGACGAGUACAACACCAGUUACGUGCUAUGGAGAUUUGUAUUGCAAAGAACAUGGAAUUUGUGGAGGUGAUCUAGACGACAAAUGGAAGGGUUCGGCUGAUCAACUUGAAUCUGGCACGUUGGAUGACUAUGUUUAUCAUCAAUUACCGAGCCAGCCCAGCAAUCAGCCCUUCGAAGCCGACGAAAAACUUUCAAAAAUUGGUGCAGCGGGCCAUGGAUUGGCAAGUCUCUUGAACGCCUCUGCUCCUGCUCUCGUUCCACGCGCUUCACAUGAUACCAGUACCGCACAUAAAGAAUCGAAAACAUCCCCGGCCCGUGGUACUAUCUUACGCUUCCGUCGUUCAGACUCUCUUUGGGCGUCAUCAAGCCCAUCACAUCGUAGGUUUGCGCCGGUCUGGCAACAUGAUAAUACAGGAAUCAGGGACAUUAACAAUUAUUGGAUCACCGACUCAAGAAAGUCAGAUCUGGUCGUACUAUCUCGACCUCCCAUUCCAUUUCCUCUUCCAACUCAUCAACAUAAAGCAUUUACAAAACCUACAGACAUUCUUGCUACACAUCUUCAAUACCUUCGACAUCCAUCUAAUAAUAAAACAAUGCCUUCAGUUGAAUACUUUGAGAAUGGUGGGAUCACUGCUGCUGCUGAAUUAGUGGAGAUGGCUUGUCGAAUGGUAUUAGAAGUUUGGCUUCCAGAACUGCUUUAUAGUUUAUUGAGUCUAAGGAGUAAUGCAUCUCCGGUUGAUCAACUCAUGGUCUGGCGGGGAGAAUGGAGAAUACAAACUGAUUGUGGGGCCUCUCAAUCCUCUUCGGAACGUACCAGCACCUCACAACCUGAACCAAAAACGAAAUUCGAUUGGAAUCGUUGGUGGCAAAAACGUGCGGCAGGCGAUGGACCACCACCUCAUACUUCACUUCCAACACUAUUAACCAUAAUGUUUCCAGAUUUCGAAGAAGAACUUCAAGACAGCAGUUAUAAAAACCAUCCAACUGCUUCUCGUCUUCAAAAACUUGAUACUCUCAAUCGUCUUAGAGAUCCUUCAACAGUUUUCCAUAACCUUCAAGUAAUUUUUCAAAAUCAUUUAUUAAGACAAUUAUUACCUAUCUUUGGUAUUCCAUUCCUUGAUUUAGAAAGUCUUACAUCGAUUUGGAGAAGUGGAAUGGUAGGAGGAAGUAGUGUUUCGAAUCCCAAGCUUUCCUCAUCACCACAAUUCAAACUCUUUGGUCUCUUUCAUCAAUCGUCUAGUAAAAGUUUCUCACCAAAGAUCAAUCUUAAUCCAAUAGAUUGUUUACAUUAUUGUUUUCCUAGUCCUGGUAUGGCAAUCGAAGAAGCUUUUAUCGGUGGAUUAUUAAAAGUUUUUCAUGUUGGAUGGGAUAGUAAAUUAGGACAAGAAAAAAAUUGGGUUGGUGAUGCCUUUGUACCUGUCAGAGAAAGGGAAGAGAUCAGACGGGAAGACGGCCAAGGGAUUUGA